AUGAGGCGUAUGAUGCCAGGUGAGACGUAUGCUGACUUCGCAGCGGCGUUACGAGAAGUGGUGGGCAAGAACAAGGUGAGCGAGAGAGUCCUGCUCGCCCAGUUCUACCGAUGCUUUGACAAGACAACCAAGAAGCUGGUGCAACAGCCGCCGAAGCCGAAGACGCUGGAGAGAGCCGUGGCGAAGGCAACCAUUAUCGACGACCCUAUGGAUAACGUCGCACAAGGAAUGCAAAACAUUGGGCAGGCGUGGGCAACGGCACCGAGCCCGUACCUGAUUCGCAUGACAGGGACGACAGGUCAGACGAUGGUAAUCCCUGGAAUUGGCGGCACAGGACUGCCGGCUGGCAUGGUAGAAGCGAGUCAGAUGACAACAACCGAUGGUGAGGCAGGCGCUGUGGUGCUCUUUACCAAUCCACAGGGCGUGUGGAAUGAUUACUCUGGAACGUGGGACGUGUCACUAGGGCAUGUUUGGAGCGGGAAGUACUGGGUGGAGACCAUGGCCGAGCAGAAGAGGGCGGCACGCAACCUACAGUCGCAAGCGCGCGGCAACCCGAAGAGAUCUGAGCGCAAGGUGCGCAACCAGCGCGACACGGAUGAUAGCGACGAGGAAUCCAACGUGAAGCCGGCACGAAAAAAGUUGAAAGCAGCUGUGAAGCAGGCACAACCACAAGCACGAGCAGCCUGGCCAUUGGUCUGA